GACGGGAAGUGCCAGCUCUGGAGAGGCCCCUGCGCCCUCUCCUAGUCCAUCUGGAGCCAGUCAUUCUGAUAAGGACCAAGACCCACAGGAGAAAAUCGAGAAGUUAGAGGAAGAUAAAAAACGUCGCCUCCAACUGUACGUGUUCGUGUCGCGAUGUGUUGCGCAUCCUUUCAACGCGAAGCAACCAACAGACAUGACGAGAAGGCAUACGAAACUGACGCCACAUCAACUGGAAACUAUUCAAGCUAGAUUUCAGGCUUUCCUCAAGGGCGAAACACAAAUUCUGGCAGACGAGGCUUUCCAGAAUGCAGUACAGUCUUACCAUGAUGUCUUUCUCAAGUCUGAAAGAGUGGAACAAAUGGUCAAGUCAGGUGCUUGCUCUCAUCAUGAUUUUCGUGAAGUGUUCAGAAACAACAUCGAAAAGAGAGUCAGGUCCUUACCAGAAAUAGAUGGAUUAAGUAAAGAAACAGUCUUAACGUCUUGGCUAGCAAAGUUUGAUUGUAUUAUGAAAGGAACGGGUAUUCCAGGAGAUGAUGAGUCCAAAAGGCCGUCGCGAGCGCAGCAACAAAGCCUCAACGCAGAAUGCAUCCUCAGCAAGGAACAACUCUAUGACAUGUUCCAACAGAUUCUUGGAGUCAAGAAAUUUGAACACCAGUUGCUUUUCAACGCUCUUCUUUUGGACUCAGCAGAUGAACAAGCUGCUGCUAUUAGAAGAGAAUUAGAUGGAAGAAUGCAGAAAGUCAAUGAAAUGGAAAGGAAUCGUAAGCUGAUGCCGAAGUUCGUCCUCAAAGAAAUGGAAUCGCUCUACAUCGAAGAGCUGAAGUCUUCAAUCAAUCUUCUCAUGGCCAAUUUGGAGUCUCUGCCCGUCUCGAAAGGAGGGGCAGACUCCAAAUAUGGCUUGCACAAAAUCAAGCGGUAUAAUCACAGAUCCCAAGGAUCUCUCGCCAACAAGCUGACUGGUGAAGCCGAUGGUGGAGACGUGGACACGCAGCUCACUAAAAUGGAUGUAGUGUUGACUUUCCAGAUAGAGGUUGUAGUUAUGGAGGUAAAGGGUCUAAAGUCAUUAGCACCCAACCGAAUAGUAUACUGUACAAUGGAAGUGGAGGGGGGAGAUAAAUUACAGACAGAUCAAGCUGAAGCAUCGAAACCUAUGUGGGAUACUCAAGGUGACUUCAGUACGACACAACCCCUUCCAGCAGUUAAAGUAAAACUUUACACUGAAAACCCUGGUGUGCUUGCUUUAGAAGACAAGGAAUUAGGCAAAGUUGUAUUAAGGCCUACACCAUUAUCUAGUAAGGCACCUGAAUGGCAUCGGAUGAAUGUGCCCAAGAAUUUGCCAGAUCAGGAUUUGAGAAUCAAAAUUGCGUGUCGAAUGGACAAGCCAUUGAAUAUGAAGCACUGUGGCUACCUCCACGUGAUCGGCAAGAACGUCUGGCGGAAGUGGAAGCGGCGAUACAUGGUGCUGGUCCAGGUCAGCCAGUACACCUUCGCGUUGUGCUCGUACAAGGACAAGAAGUCCGAGCCAGCGGAGAUGAUGCAGCUUGACGGCUUCACGGUGGAUUACAUCGAGCUGGCUAGCGCUCAACUCAUCGUCGGGCAAGGUAAAAAACAUUUUACAGAACUGGAGGGGGCCAAGUACUUCAUGAAUGCAGUAAGAGACGGAGAGUCGGUACUGAUGGGGGUGACUGAUGAAAAUGAAUGUCAUUUGUGGGUGAUGGCACUAUACAGAGCGACUGGACAGAGUCACAAACCUACGCCACCGACGACAUCGGACACGCAUAUUAAAAUUAUGGGAGAUGCAGAUAAGGCUCGCAAGCAUGGGAUGGAGGACUACAUUCAAGCUGAUCCUUGUCAGUUUGAUCAUCACCAACUCUUCUGCAUGCUGCAGUCGCAAACGCUGAAAUAUCGUCUACAAGAUCCUUACUGUUCUUUGGGCUGGUUCUCUCCAGGUCAAGUCUUUGUACUGGACGAGUAUUGCGCUCGAUAUGGAGUGCGAGGGUGUUAUCGCCACCUGUGUUACCUCUCUGAUCUUCUGGAUGUCGCAGAAAGUGGUCAGCAAACUGUUGAUCCGACUUUGAUGCAUUAUUCUUUCGCGUUCUGCGCGAGUCACGUGCAUGGUAACAGGCCCGACGGCGUGGGCAGCAUCACGGUCCAGGAGAAGGAGAAGUUCGCGGAGAUAAAGGAGAGGCUGAAGACGCUGCUGCAGCACCAGAUCACGAACUUCAGAUACGCGUUCCCUUUCGGGAGGCCUGAAGGGGCGUUGAAGGCAACAUUGUCGCUAUUAGAACGCGUUUUGAUGAAAGACGUGGCAACACCAGUAGCGCCUGAAGAAGUCCGAGCCAUGAUCCAAACGAGCCUUGAAAAUGCUGCCUUGUUGAACUAUACACAGCUCAGUCAGAAAGCUAAUAUAGAAGAGGAUCUAAGAGGAGAAACCAUGGUUACACCUGCCAAGAAACUAGAGGACCUCAUUCAUUUAGCAGAGUUAUGUGUCGACCUACUGCAACAGAAUGAAGAACAUUAUGCGGAGGCAUUCGCGUGGUUCUCCGAACUCCUGGUGGAGCAUGCUGAGAUCUUCUGGGCGUUGUUCGGAGUGGACAUGGAUAGAGUACUAGCUGAACAACCUCCGGACACAUGGGACUCCUUCCCGUUGUUCCAGAUACUGAACGACUAUUUGAGAACUGAUGAAAACCUGAAAGGGGGAAGAUUUCACGAGCAUCUCCGAGACACGUUUGCGCCCUUGGUGGUGCGGUACGUGGACCUGAUGGAGUCUUCCAUAGCCCAGUCGCUGCAUAAAGGCUUUGAGAAGGAACGAUGGGAGAUCAAAGGCAAUGGAUGUUCAACUAGUGAAGAGUUGUUCUGGAAGUUGGACGCGCUGCAAUGCUUCAUCAGGGACCUCCAUUGGCCGGAACCGGAGUUCAGGUCGCACCUGGAACAGCGGCUCAAACUGAUGGCGUCUGAUAUGAUGGAGACCUGUAUACAGAGGACAGAGGCUUCGUUCCAGUCUUGGCUGAAGAAGAGCGUCACCUUCAUGUCUACAGACUACAUACUGCCAGCGGAGACGUGUGCCAUGGUGAACGUAGCUUUGGACGCCAAGAACCAGGCUCUAAAACUCUGUGCUGUCGAGGGUGUCGAUAUUUACCAGUAUCACACCAAAAUGGACUCUCAGAUCGAAGCGUGCCUUCAAGCUAUGAUGACCGGCAUGACGACGAGACUGUCAGCUGUGCUGGAAGCCACGUUAGCCAAGAUAGCUAGGUUCGAUGAGGGAAGCUUAAUCGGUUCGAUAUUGACGAUAGCCAACGUAUCUGGUUCGGGCAAGGACAUCGGCCAGGGCUACGUCAACUUCAUGAGGAAUUCCAUGGACCAAAUCAGAUCUAAGGUGACAGACGAGCUCUGGAUCUUACAGCUGUUUGAGCAUUGGUACGGCAUCCAAGUGGGGCUCAUCAACACCUGGCUAGGAGAGAGGCCUGCUCUCCAUCCUCAGCAGGUCGCGUGCCUGUCUAUCAUAUUGAAGAAAAUGUACAGUGAUUUCGAAUUGCAAGGCGUCAUUGACGAUAAGCUGAAUUCCAAAAUCUAUCAGAACGUAGCAGCGAGGAUGCACACGGAGGAAGCUACUUGUAGUCUGUUGCUGGCGCAACAAGAUGCUAGUGGUGGUGACGACGGUGGCUCAGAAGAGGGUUCACGCAGUGGGAAGUCCAAAUUAGAAGCACUGACGGAAGAAGCCAAGCUAGGCAAUGUUACAGCGGUUGUAGGCAAGGUUGGAAACAUCUUCGGAAGAGGCAUUGGAGAGCUGUCGACGAAACUAGGAGGUCCAUCAUCUUGGUUUUAGCGCAUUAAAAGCCCAAAAUAUUCAGAAGUAUUUGUAAACAUACCUUUCUUUGCCUAUAUUGACGUACUGAGAUGAAAUUUCAAAGUGCUUUUUGCUGCUGCAUCGACAACGCAUUUUUAGCGGAUUAAAUUACUGAUAAUAAUCAUUCGUUAAUGCUGCAGUAUCAAAAAGCGUUUAACUAUUCUGUGAUGAUGAUAAAAACCUUCUUUUGCAUUCGAUUACAAUCUAGAAUGUCCGCCAUUUUGCAUUUAAGAAAAUAAUCGUUACAAAAUGGCGUUUAUGCGCUAGAAAUAAUAUAAGUGGCCAGUUAAUGCAUAGCUUAGUGUGAUUACUUAGAGUAUAAACGAGGUCUAGAUUUUAUUUUAUAAACGCUUUAUGUACAGUUAGGAUCAUCAUUCGUUUAUUGGAGCAAAUAACAUGUAAUAGGUGUUAAGAGUAGUAUUUGAUAACACGAUUGAUUAUUAUAAAAAAAUAUAAAAAUGCAUAUACAUAAACAUAAUGCUACAAUAAGAAAACAUAUCGCUUUGGCAAAAUUAUUUUAUGUGUUGUUAUUAUAACGAUUGAUAUAUUUAUUUAAAAAUAAAUUAUCAUAAAAGGAGUCCGUUAGGUUGAAAUGCAAGUGUGAGAAUAAGAAAAACCUUCAUUUAUCUAUACAUCAUCCUACUAUGAAAAUUUACGUUAAACGAGUUUUCUAUAAAGUAUUGGUUCGCGGAAGUUUGUCUCGUGUGAUAGAUACUCUUACAUUCACCUCCAUAAAGAUUGACGUAGCACAUAGAAUAAAGUGCAAAGUUUUUUAAUUGCAUCUCUUUCUAAUACCUAUACUUCAGAAACAGUAUUUUUCUAAUUAUAAUAAAUCCACUUUGAAACAUCGGUUGAUUUUCGAACUGAAAUCGAAAUCUUCUGAAGUUUUGAUGUGUUUUUAUAAAAACAAUAAUGGCGCGAAUAUAAUUAUUUUUUGAACGUCUAUGUUGCCAGUAAAUAAUCUCCCUUGUAAAGGAGAAAAUACAAAUUGUUUUUAUAAAAACGCAUAUUGUUAGCCACUUUGCUGUAGUAUAACUCUCUAUUUAUAUUUUGAUUCUCUGUAGAUUCUAAUAACGAUCUAGUAACAUUUUACCUUGACUAGUCGUUGAAUUAAAAAACUAUUUAUAAAAACUACUAUUAUAGUUUUAAUUGUUAACAAAAUAAUAUUCUUCUACGCUAAACACCUUACAAAUUUUUGAAUUAGGAAAAUUUAAAAUUCUUAGAUAAACGUUUAAAGAAUAAAGAAUAGCGGUUAAUCGCUAUGCUGAGUCGCCUUAAAUUGUCUUGUUGAGAACGGCUUAAGAAAUAGACCUUAAAAUGUUACUAUUAACUUCUCUUAAUAUAUAUUCUUACUUCACAAUGUCUACGUGAUAAAAUACUUAAAUAUAAUUUCCACAUUCCUGGGCUUGGUGAAUCCUGUGAAGUUUUUACAGCUCAGUUUUAUUAUAGCUUUACAUAAACCGCUGACUCACAGUCGAAUUUUAUUGAUUUAGUACACAAGUCAUCGAAAUGUUUGCAUUUAAAAUAGCGUUCCAACUAUUUUUCAUACUCACGACUGGAUGUUUAAAGAAAUGUAUAACCUUAUAAUAUCGUCACAAUAGGGCAGUAAUGGGAUGGCACAGUAUGUAAUGUAAUGGAAAAGUAAUGUAGUGCUCACGUAUCAUAUAGUUAGAUGUCAUAUAUUAUUCAAGUAACAAGAGCUAUUUAUAGUUUCAAUACGCUGACGUUUCUUAUUAAAAACAAUAUUACAACAUAAUUUAAACCGUUGGUUGACACUUAAAAGUACUGCUACAACUCAACAUUAGGAUCUUCAUUAUUGUUGUUUUUCUUUUCAAUUUACAAUGAUAAAUGAAACGAUGGUUGAAUGUAUUUUAUGUUAAUAGUUCAUGUGAUUACGAAUUCUGGCUACAAUACGAAACUAAGAUAAAUGAUUUACAAUAUUUUUUAAUACAGUAAAAAAAUCAUGCAUUUAUGUGCACCAUUUUUUUAGUUUUAAAGAUUAUUUAUCUUUAUUAACUUGAAAUAGAUAGACAGAAAGGCACCGCAAUAUUUUAUAUGAGAAUUUUAUAAAGUUUUAAUAUGUUUUAUAUAUCAAGAUUCGGAAUCACAUAAACUAAAUUGAAGUUUAUACAUGUCACAUAAUCAAUCACAUAUUUUGGGUAUCGUGCUCAAUCGAAUGAAAACGACAGUUUCUGUAGUGUUUAAGUGCAUUAUGAUCUGACUGAGGUAAAUGCGUAGAAUGCUUGUAUGAUUUUUGCUAUGAGGGAAACUCACAGCGGUGAAUGAUCGUAGAUCAGCUUUCCUUGAAUACGAGUAUAGUUGUAAGUUGGAAGUCCAAAAUAAGAUAGGAAUAGGUCGGCAAUGUAUAUUUAACAUCACAUGUAGCCGUUUACCAACAGGCGAUAGCUUGUAUGCUGACUUUUUAUAUAUAAAAAUUUUAUAAAGGUGGAUCAGGGUUCGUACUCCAACUCUACCAAUUUCUUAGAAAACCAAGUCGGUAGCCGAAAGUGCUGCCGUAAUAAAACUUUUUUCUGUAAUAUAGGAUCUUCUUUCUUUAAAUGAUAAUUAACAUGUUUUGAAUUAACAAUAUUUAUUUACUUGUGAGUAUUAUCUAAUAAAUAAAUAUUUUCGAAUUAAGUUGCUGGACUUAAAACUUACCUUAGUGGUAUGCUAAUAACGUGCCUAUGUAAUGCCAGAAAUGUUCACGUAAAAUACGAUGAUCGUAAUAAAAAUGUAUCAUCCGUUUAUUAUAAACCAAAAUUAAUCAAACCACUGUGAGUUUCUCUAAAUGCUUGGGGAGCCGUCGAGUGUAUCGCGAAUG